UUCACAUUAAUUCUCAACCACAAAACAUUGUGCAAAAUUUCCUCGACCAUCUCUACGUUGUUCAUUCCUUUCCACAUUGUCAUUUCCAUGAAAAUUCUCCAUGUCUUCUUUCCAUUGAAGAAGAAGAACAAAAAGACCAAUGAAGUCCGAGCUUCCGACAGGGCGGCCGACGCAAUCGCGGCGAAGGCCGUCGAGGCUCGCUCCUCUCGUCGCCCUAACCAUACUCCUCGCAAUCCCUUUAUAUUACGUCGCCUUUCGCGACUACUCUUCGGAGAAAGUAUACGCGACGUUGCAUGGCCUAAUCGAGACCUCGGGUGAUGUCGGCGAGAAUGUCGAUCGAACUUGCACCCUCGGAUCAAACUCAUGCACAAACGAAAAUGAAAAUAGUGAUCAAAAUAGAGAACCCGAUAAGCCCGAAUUCGAUGCCCUAGAAGAAAUGCAUGACUUCGAACAUGGCACGACGACGAAACGCGAAAAUCCGGAGGACGAGGCUCGUCGAGAAUCUAAGUACAAUGAUUCGAGCAAUGACAAAAAAGAAGACACAAACAUUGAUACAAGCGAAGCGAAGGAGCCCGAAAACGAUGUGAACGAUUCUAAGAUACAGAAAGAUCGAAGGAGACCGGUUACGACAUUCAAAGGCAACCCCGAUCGUCUCAUAGUUCGAUCGAGACUAUUGGAAGACGAUCAAUGUGACAUAUUUACGGGGGAAUGGGUGCCGGACCCGAAUGGGCCGUACUACACGAACCAUACGUGCAAUGCGAUUCAAGAACAUCAAAAUUGCAUGAAGUUCGGGCGACCCGACCUCGAGUUCUUGAAGUGGAGGUGGAAGCCCGACGGCUGCGAGCUCCCUGAGUUCGACCCGGAACACUUUUUUAAGAGUGUUAAGGGGAAAUCAAUAGCUUUUGUUGGAGACUCGGUUGCUAGGAAUCAUAUGCAGUCUUUGAUUUGCCUCUUGUCAAAGGUAGCUUACCCGGAGGACCUAUCGGACCCGAUCGACCAAAAUCGGCAGUAUGAAUACCGGAAGCACGACUUCAACAUAUCGAUGUUUUGGUCACCCUACUUGGUUCGAACCGAACGAACCGCACCCGACGACGAAAAGCGCCCUUUCAAACUAUACCUCGAUGAAUUCGACAACCACUGGACGACCAAAAUCGCACUUUUUGACUACGUAAUCAUCUCUGCCGGCCACUGGUUCUUCCGGCCAACGUAUUUCCACGUCAACAGCCGCCUCGUCGGCUGCCUCUACUGCCCGGAGCCAAACAUCAGCCACCUGACAGCCUACUUCAGCUACCGCCGCGCAUUCCGGACAGCGCUCCGGGCAGUCAACGACGCUGCCGGCUACACCGGGGUGACGUUUCUGAGGACAUUCGCGCCGUCGCACUUCGAGGGCGCGGCGUGGGAUAAGGGCGGGGAUUGCCGGCGGACGAGGCCGUUCCGGCGAGGGGAGACAGCGAUGGAGGAUUACAGCGGGGAGAUGUAUUUGGUUCAGCUGGAGGAGCUGCGGAUCGCGCAGAAAGCCGGGCGGCGGAAGCGGCGAAAGUUUGUUCUUUUCGACGCCACGGAGGCGAUGCAGUUGCGGCCAGACGGGCAUCCGAGUAAGUACGGGAGAUGGCUGACGGCGGAUCAGACGGCGCCGAACGACUGCGUGCACUGGUGCUUGCCCGGCCCAAUCGACUCCUGGAGCGAUUUCUUGCAGGAGCUCCUGAAAAGGGAAAUACAAGGGAGGGGGAGGUGA